AUGGGUGCAAAUCCACCAUCAAAAAACACUUGUUAUUCCGUCUCUUAUGGAUCAUCAUCAACAGCCCACGAGAAAACAAAACAGCAACUUCUUUACUCUCCUCUCAUAAUCAAGAGAGAACUUGUGUGUGCAACCUCUUUUCUCAAUAUUGUCUUUGAUCUUUUCGGCCCUUUUGAUCCACUGUCAGUCUUUCGUUUUGGUUUCUUGUCACAAAUCCUAUCCAGCAAUAAAAAAUCAUCACGCUUAGCCUGUGAUUAUUCUCAAGGAAGACGGGUUCGGGAUGAAAGUAACAAGAAUCAAUCCCACACAGAAAGCUUUCCCUUUCUUGAUCUUGGCUUUCGAUGUUUUCGAAAUGGAAGAAAGUAUCAUAAUUGGCGAUGGCAGCCAGAAGGGUGUGGUUUGCCAAGAUUUAAUGCAAGUGAACUUCUAGAAAGAAGCAGAAAUGGGAGGAUCGUGUUUGCUGGGGACCCUGUUGGCAGAAACCAGUGGGAGCCUUCCUUGUGCAUGCUUGCUCCAGGAGUUUCCAACAAGUCUUCAAUACAUGAAGAAUGCGGAAACCCCAUGACUAAACACCAAGGGCACCUUUCCUGGUACAAUCUCAAAAUUGAAUAUUACAGGGCACCUUUCCUGGCUACUCAUCAGCUAAGCCCGACCACUUACACGUUCUCCAAAAAAUGCGAAGGGGCUGAUGUUCUGGUGUUCAACACCGGGCAUUGUCUCUUGACCAUGUCGUUGAAUGUGAUGGAGGCAUUUUAAAAAUCUCUACAAACAUCGAAGUUACGGAUUGAAAAUUUAAACCCUGAAAGGACUCGUGUUUUCUUCCGUGGCUACUCUCCAGUACAUUACAGGAAUGGUACAUGGGAUUAGGCGGGUCUCUGUGAUAUGGACAGACAACCAGAGACAAACUACACAAUGCUGGAACCAGAGCCAGUGCAUAACCAAAUCAUUUCUACUGUAAUCAAAGAGAUGGAUUAUGGAGACAGGAAGGUUCAGUUCUUAAACAUUACGCAUUUGACACUGUUCAAGUAUGAUGGUCACCCUUCUCGUCAUCGUGAGCCAGGCACUCCAGUUGACGCUCCACAGGACUGCAGUCAUUGGUGUCUACCUGGAAUACCAGACAUAUGGAAUGAAAUUCUAUAUGCUAAUUUACUGUCAAUGGGAUUCAGAACCAAGUGAUAUCAGAUUACAUAAUUU